AUGAGGACAAAUAGUUCUGACAAUACGCGACACGGCCUUAAGUUGGAAAUUGGAAAUGGCCCUGAAAGCUACGCGGAAUGUUAUCCUGGGGAGCUGGAGUUUUAUGAUGCGGCAGGCGAUUCCGACGAGGAGGUGGAUUAUUCAAAAAUGGACCUUGGUAAUAAAAAGGGUCCAGUAAAACGGUGGGAUUUUGACACUGAGCAGGAAUACGAAGACUACAUGAGUAACCGUGAGGCGCUUCCAAAGGCCGCUUUCCAGUAUGGCGUGAAGAUGAACGAUGGACGGCGAACACGGAAGGUACCAGGCGCGAAAACCGAAAGGGAUGAGAAAGCAAAAUUAGACAGACAGUGGCAGAAGAUCAGCAAGGUUUUACCAAUAAACUUUUUAUAUUUGUGCAUGAUUUUUUAUAGAUUAUUUCAAAACGAAAAGAAAUGGACUUGUAAGCUCACACUUUAUUUACUUCGUUAUCUCGUUAUUUUUAGUGGAGAGGAAACCUCCAAAAAAGCAAGAUUCUAGAA